CUGGUGCUGCGCUCUUUCUCUUGCAUCCAGACACCGAGUUGGAGUUUCUGGCUGGGCGCAUUGAUCAGGUCUGCUUGCUGGGGGUUGUGCUGAGGCUCAGACUGUCACUCAUUCUCUGAUCAGUGCCUGCACACAGCUUACAGAGCAGCUGGCAAUCCACUACAGAAAAAAAAUCCUUGCAAAAUCCUCCAAAUCUGCAGCAAAAAAAAAGCAUCAAGACCCCAUCUUUUUUGUUGUUGUACUAUUGCAUUAUUCCAGCCUUUGCGAGCAGGAAGGUGGGGAUCUUAAACGCCUAUGUUCAUCUUUGGACCCAUUGUAACGAAUAGGAGCAGCAGGAGAGAUUCCUCCGUCUGCAGGUUUACAAUGCUGCGAACUAAGGAUCUCAUCGGGACCUUGUUUUUCCUCGGAGCUGCAGCAGCUCUAGAAGUUACCAUUGUUCCUGAACAAGGAGAAAUAAGCCUAGGGGAAUCCAAAUUCUUCCUAUGCCAAGUCAUUGGUGAAGCAAAAGAGAUCUACUGGGAAUCGCCAUCCGGUGAAAGAUUAGGCAACCAACAGCAGAUCUCGGUAGUGAAGAGUGAUGACUAUUCAUCAACACUUACUAUAUACAACGCCAGCAUUCACGAUGCCGGGACCUACAAAUGCAUUGCCAGCAACCCCGAAGAAGGACGUUCGGAAAGCACUGUUACACUCCAAAUAUAUCAGAAGCUGACCUUUAAGAAUGCACCCACCCCGCAGGAGUUCACAGAAGGGACAGAUGCUGUUAUCAUUUGUGAUGUAUCUAGCUCAAUGCCCUCGGUCAUUAUCUGGAAGCACAAAGGGAAGGACGUGCAGUUCAAGAAGGAUGUCCGCUUUGUAAUGCUGUCCAAUAAUUAUCUCCAAAUCCGGGGCAUUAAGAGAACAGAUGAGGGAACAUAUCGGUGUGAGGCUCGUAUCCUAGCACGUGGAGAGAUAAACUUCAAGGAUAUUAAAGUCGUAGUGAACGUUCCACCAACUGUACGGGCUAGACAAACGACUGUCAAUGCCACCGCCAGCAUGGGAGAGUCAGUGACUAUAAGCUGCGAGGCUGAUGGAUUUCCCGAGCCUGAAAUUAGCUGGACAAAGAGAGGAGAAACUAUAGAGGUUGGAGAUGACAAGUACUCCUUCAGUGAUGACAUGUCAGAGAUGACCAUUCAUGGAAUUGAGAAAGACGACGAGGCCGAAUAUAACUGUAUUGCCGAGAAUAAAGCUGGGGACAGUGAAGCCACCAUUCUUCUCAAGGUCUAUGCAAAACCUAAGAUUACCUAUGUUGAAAAUAAAACUGCCUUGGAGCUGGAUAAUGAGAUCACCCUGACCUGUGAGGCAUCAGGAGAUCCUCUGCCCAGCAUCACUUGGAGAACAGCCACACGUAACAUCAGUGAGGAAGACAAGACCUUGGAUGGACGUAUCGUGGUUCAGGGGCACAUCAGGAUGUCUUCUCUUACCCUGAAGGACAUCCAGUACACUGAUGCCGGAGAAUACUUCUGCGUUGCCAGCAACACCAUCGGCCAGGACACCCGAGCUAUGUACUUUGAAGUACAGUAUGCUCCCAAAAUAAAGGGCCCAUUGGUCAUUUAUACCUGGGAGGGAAAUCCAGUUAACAUUACCUGUGAAGUCCUUGCCUAUCCUACUGCAAGAGUGUCCUGGUUGAGGGAUGGACAACUCCUGCCCAGUUCCAACUCCUCCAACAUCAAGAUCUACAGUAGUCCGUUUGCCAGCAGUCUCGAGAUCAACCCUGACUCUGAAAGUGAUUUUGGAAACUACAAUUGCACUGCAGUCAACAGCGUUGGACAGGAGUCUUCUGAGUUCAUUCUCGUACAAGCAGAAACCCCCUCAUCACCAACAAUCGUUAGGGUGGAGUCUUACUCGAGCACUGCUAUGGUCGAAUUUGAAGAACCAGACUCUACCGGUGGAGUACCCAUCCUCAAGUACAAGGCAGAAUGGAGACCGACAGGAGCAGAGAAAUGGCAGACUUCUAACUUCAGUGCCCGGGAUGAAAGUACAGAGAGUGCAAUCACAAUCGGAGGUCUUAGGCCUGAGACGUCAUAUGUUGUCAAACUGUCAGCUAUCAAUGGCAAAGGCAUUGGAGAGACAUCCCCAUCUUUUGAGUUUGUGACCCAGCCAGUCCAUUUUUCACAUCCACGAACAGUGCCACCGGCAAGCACAACUGAGUAUCCUAAAGGAGAACCAAGUCCUCCAAAGCUGUCCGGCCGCGUUGGAGAAGAUGGAAAUUCAUUUAGAGUUGUCCUCCACAAGCAAGAUGAUGGCGGUUCUCCAAUCCUCCACUAUCUGGUCCGCCACAAAGCUAAAAACUCUGCAGACUGGAAACCUGAAAUGAGGAUCCCAUCAAACAGUGAUCACAUUAUGCUUCACUCACUGGACUGGAAUGCCGAAUACGAGUUGGUGGUUAUAGCUGAGAACCAACGAGGAAAGUCAAAGGCUGCGCUGCUUAACUUCAAGACCACCACAAAGCCCACUGUCAUUCCAGCCACCACAAGCACGAGCUCGGGACUGGGUACAGGAGCCAUUGUGGGCAUUCUCAUCGUGGUCUUUGUUCUCCUGUUGGUGGUUGUGGAUGUAACAUGCUACUUCCUCAACAAAUGUGGUCUGCUGAUGUGCAUUGCAGUCAAUUUCUGUGGGAAGGCUGGCCCAGGUGCCAAAGGCAAAGACAUUGAAGAAGGAAAGGCAGCGUUUUCAAAAGAUGAGUCUAAGGAACCCAUUGUUGAGGUACGAACAGAAGAAGAGAGGACACCAAACCAUGAUGGAAGCAACCAGACAGAACCCAAUGAGACCACUCCGCUAACAGGACCUGAGAAGGCCCCUGUAGAAGAGAACUCUAAGCCCGAGGAAUCAGACAGCAAGAGCACCCCUGCAGAAGUGAAAACAGUUCCUAAUGAAGCCACUCAAACAAAUGCAAGCGAGAGUAAAGCAUGAUUCCUCCUAGGGGGUGCGGGUGUGUUACGUGGGAAGGGGAAAGUGGAUACUAAAAAUAAUGUUUGAAGAGCCUCAUGCUAGCCAUUUACAGAGUGAGGUUCAUACACACAAACACGGCAUCAUUCCUCUCAAAUCUUGGCCUUUGUUGUUAUAAUUAUUAUUUUUUGUUAUAAUUCUAUUUUUUUUCUUUUAAGAAAACCUGUUUGUUUUGUGAGACUGUACAAAAGGUUCAUCUCUUGUGUGCACACUCUUUAUGAAAAAAAAAUCCUGUUGGGAACUUUUCAUAGAGAUUUCCCAAGUAAUGUCCCGAAAUAAAAUUACCAUCCCUGAUUAUUCAUCAUGCGGAAAGGAAAUUGUUUAGACAGUAAACACCAGUGCAUGUAGUUGGGUUAAGUAAGGCCUUUAUCAACCCCGGUUGUCCACAUCAAGGUCCAGCAACCCUUAAGAACCUAGUUCUGUUCUUGAGUAAAUGUAAAAAUUAUUUGUAUGUUUUGCCCUGAACAUUUGGUUUUUUGAGUUGUAGAAGCCGGUUGUACUUGCAUGGCUGGCAUUGAGAAGGUUUACAUGAUGGCUGUUACAUUCUACCACUGUAUAGGAAAAUAAAGUCAGAGAAGAUGGAAAGUAAUCUGUAUGUGUCUUAAAGUCUUUCACCCUCGUAUAUUGACUGGAUGGUUCUAAUAGUACAUGGGUUAAAAGAAAUUGCUUGAUGGCUUAAUUGUGUGUGGCUAAUUCCUUGUAUCGUUUCUUCAGGGAUGACAGAAAGAUGUUCCCCAUAUUGUUUCUAUCUUCAUUAUUUGAGCUUUAUCCAAUAGAAAGCAUCAAUGCCUUACACUUGGUUAUAUGAAGUGAAGGUAGGCAGGCACCUUCUAAAAAGUUGUAAGAAUGGAUUCAUGUCUGGCACAUUGGCAAAGUAUGUGAGGCAUCGUGAAUUAGGUGCAUCAUGUGGCUACGCUCUGGCUAGUCAUGGAAUAAAGGGGCUAUUAAUAAAAUGUACAUAGAAUGGAUGGCAUGAACAUGACAGACCCUAGUCUGGUGCCUGUUUCGGUUUUCUGUCAAGCCAGUUGAAGAAAAGGUAAACAAGUCAUAGGAAAAAGGUAGAAAUCUUUACUUCUUACUUUGAAGACCAGUGAUGAUGAUGUUAACCACAGUUGAGUAAUCAAGAGUUGCAAUGUGCAGAAUAGACUAUGGACAGUGUCUGUUGCUUGGUCAUAGGGCCCAAACAAUGUACGGUAAUCCAAUCUAUUAUCUUCUGUGUAUGGUCUUACCUCUGAAAGGAAGACCUCGAAUCCAGCAUCAUCUUGCCAAUCUAUGCUCCUCAUAUAUCUGUAAGGUCUGAUUUUGUCUUUUAACUGAUGUACAGUAUGUCAAAUGUUGGGGUUGAAAUAUGUUAUUGCAUCAGUACAUCCCAGUAACAAUAUAUCUCACAUGCAAUGUGUUUGUGUAUACAUGCUAGCACCAAUAUUGUUGGUGUAUUAGAUACGACUGCUUCAAAAUGUGCUUUCUCCAUAUAAACAUAUACUAUAGCAAUCUAGUGGCUCCAUGGGAUAUUUCUAAAGCAGUAUUUAAAGACAUCAUCAGAAGGAGGCAGUCAUUGUGCUUUUUGCCUGAAACAACGUCCAUGAAAUUGAAGGAUCAAAUUGUACCAACAAGGCAGGAAGUGGAGAAAAGUAACACAUACAAGAUGCCCCGUACAUCAAUGACAUUAUUGGCUCCGUACUAUUUCUUCUAAAAUGUAAAACAGGUACCUUCUUGCCAAAAAAAACUCAUUUCACCCAUAAGUCUACUGAGCAUUGGUUUUCAUGAGAAUCUAGAAAUCUAGCCAGAUUAGCCGAUAGAAACAUCUCUGUGCUUUCUAAAUUUUAAGUAAAAAGUCCUAGUUUAACUUAUAUUUGAGGCCUUCUACAUGAAAUGCCGCCUACUUCACAACAGCAAUUGAAGUCCAUAAGAUACUCUAUUCCAUUAACGGAAAAAAAAAGUUCCAAGUUGGGUUCCAAACAAUUGGUUCCAAGUUGGGUUCCAGACAAUUGGGUUGUCGUGGUGUCAAUCUUUUGUUAAUGCAGAUCCUUAUGAAGAUUUGUAUCAGUCAAAAUAAAUGCUGUUCAAGUGGUUUAGUUGUCUAAAAGGCUUCUCCGGCCAGACCGGAGGUUGUUUAAUGCAAUUGACACUGAAAGUGCUGCUCCAAUGUCCGCUUCCAGGGUCAGGCCUGCUGCACUUCUGGACUGGUUCUGACACGGUACAGCAGGUCUCCCUCUCUGUGUACAUGAUAUGCUUGAAGGGGUUGGCUGUGUUGCUCAGUGGAAUAGGUAAGUCAAUCUCUGCAUGCACUGUAAUGGAGAAGGGGGCAGGCUUAGCAAUUGCACUUAGCCACACAGCCCCUUCAAACCUAUAACUAGAGUCAUAUACCGACACAGAGUCGGGGAAAGCUCCAUUUUGUGUGUCUGAACCACUUUCAAUGUUUAGUGCAUUAAAACUAUUUUUAUCUGGCCAGAUAAUCCCUUUAACCAUAGAGGUAAAGACAUUUUGUCCGCUUAGUUGAAACUUAUAGGAAUGAUACUUAUAACUUGGGAGUAAGUGACAUAUUUUGGGCAUCUUGAACCUUGAAAAUGUAAGUAGUUGUUGGGAACUGUUUUUGAUGACUCCAUUAUAUUAAUCCACUAGGUCAGUGAAAGACAAGGAUUUGACAUGUGUUACAGUACUUUUGAACAUAUAUGAUGUAUGGGCAGAAAAAUACAAAAAAAAAUUGUUUUGGAUUCAUCACUUAUAUUUCCUAUAUCACAAUUUAGAUGGCAGUGCUCAUCAGCCUCUUCUCUUGGAGUGAUGGUAUUCUGUUUCUGUAUAUGAUCAGCCAUUGUAUCCAGAUUUUAGAAAGUUCUACAACGGUCAGAAAUUACAUUUCUCUAUGCUUAGGAUGGAGUCACUUGCACACAUUGGCAGUCAAUCAAAAUUCACUGUACAAAAAAGACCAUUAAGGCACAACAUCAUUGAUAGACAAGUCCAUAUAUCAGGGAUCUGCAACCUUCGGAACUCCAGCUGUGGUGAAACUACAGCUCCCAGUAUGCACACCUCCUUGGCUGUUUUCAGAACUCCCAAAGGAGUGAAUGAAGCAUGCUGGGAGUCGUAGUUUCACCACAGCUGGAAUGCCGGAGGUUGCUGAUCCCUGCCUUAUAUAGUACUUUCAUUGAUGUUUGGCCUUUGGUAGACUAGUCUCAAAAAACUAAUUUAGGUUCCUAGCAUUUUCACCAUUACUUGAUGUGGGUAUUGGUUCCAUUGUAAUUACACCCAACGUUCAUUUCAAUUUAUCAGGAGUUGGCUUGCAGAGAUUUAGCUAUUCUGUGAAUGUGAACCCUGUGGUCACACUUUUUCUCCAUCUCAGCAUUGCACAGGAUCAUUUUGGGAUUUGUGUAUUUUCUGUUUUCUUAUGUAGGAUGCCAAAUGUAUAUUUUUGCUUUUAUGUUAUAUUUCAAUUUGCAGUAUUGACAUGCACAUUUUGUUAGAUGAUCUUUUAUAUUUUGUUCUCCAUGUUUACAUUUUAUUGUUUUUCUCAUCCUUUUACAUUUCAACAUUUGUUUUUUCUUGAGGGUUUGUGUAACUGCAUUUUUUAAAUAGACAUGGUAUAUAUAAAUAUAUAUAUAUUAGAUUAUUAGCAUGCGUGCUUUGCAAUGAGUUGUAUCGAGGGGAAAAUGGAUGUUUACAAUAGACUUGGUCCUGUUUCAUUUAACUAAUGAAAAGUCUAAAUUACCACACAGCUCAACAAUUAUUCAGUACAAUUAUUCCACUUUUAAGUCCAGAUAAUUGUAUCAUAUAUUAACGAAUGAAAAGCAAAGGGGAUCCCUAAGUCUCUAGCUCAGGUUAUCCCUGUUAUCCCAUGCACCGGCUUCCUCUUCUCUUUAGAUUUCUUUCGGAAAUGAAGGAAGGGGAGCAUUGGACCCAAACAAGACCUGGGCCCUAAUGUCCUGGAUUGAAGCGGCAUGUUCUUAGAGAAGGGUCCCACUUGCCUUUGUAUGUCCUUGUAUGCCCCAUUCUUCUCUUUAGAGGAGUCUGCUGGCUGACAUUAGCUAAUUUGCAUACAUUUCUCCCAUGGAGCAUUGAAAUUAGUCUCCAAACUGAAAACGAGUGCCCCUGGCCAAACAGAACGUGGGGUGUGGUGCAGUUACUCUCCAUACAUCAAGACAUCGGUUUGUAAUGGCUAGCAUAUAAACAGUAUGCUGUACAAGUAACAGCAUAUGCAACCAAUGUAAGGCUACUUUCACACUAGCAUUUUUUGCUGGAUUCAGCAAAAACGCUUCAGUAACUUAUAAUGCAACCAUCUGCAUCUGUUAUGAAUGGAGCCGGUUGUAUUCAUGAUCUCCAUUAAAAGUGAAUGGGGGACGGAUCUGUUUUCGAUUGUGUCAGAGAAAACGUCUUGCUUCGCAUCCCAGGACAGAAGGCAAACCGCAGCAUGCU